CGUCCGGACGCUCACCGCCAACUGAACGCGAGAGGGACUCAGACAUCAAUAACAUCUCGCUCAUCAAUAAGACAUUUUGAUGGAGUUAGACUGCUUAAUUAAAUAGGUUGCCUUGAAGAUAUCGGACUCUCUGAAUUCAUAAUAUUUAAUCUAAUGACCCCCAAUGGAGAACAUCUGAAGGAAGACUCUUCAGCAUCUCUAUCCACAGGAAAGCGGCUCGGCCAGGCAGAGUAGGACUUGGAGAUUUCUUAUCUUUUUACGAUGGCUAUCAACACUGAUGCUGCGUUUGGGAAAGGCGCCCUCGGCGAGAGGGAAGUUUCCAAUCCCACCGACUUCCAUGACACGGAGAAGCUGCUGAGCACCACGGCCACCGAGCCCACCGGGCAGAGCAACAUCAAACCAUCCGACUCCUUCUCCCUCACCAUCAGCGGGAGCGUCCGGUCCCUGGAUGCGGACCAGAACGGACACAGAUCGCCGCUAAAGUCGGCCUCCAUCGGGCAGUUGGCGACCCCACCCAAGUCCUUGUCCCGGCUCAGCCUGGGACCGCUGCCCUCCCCGGUGCCACCCGGGUCCGCGCCCCCGAGUUACCUCUGGCUCGCCGUACUGUCGUGUUUUUGUCCCGCCGUGCCGCUCAACAUGUGUGCCUUGUGGUAUGCACAUGUGUCGACGUCUGUUCUCCAUACAGGAGAUAUUGAAGGAGCAAGGAAGUAUGGGCGUCUGUCAAUGGUGCUCAGCUGUCUGGCAAUGCUGAUGGGUGUGGCCGUCGUCAUCUUCAUAGUGUUUACACAAGAGUUCCAGAAGUGAACUGGAGGAUGGAAGGAGUCUCCUUUAACUUCAUCCGAUCUCAAAUUUGCACAGAAAAGAGAUGAGGAAAAAUGUUUUUGUUUUGUUUUUUGUUUUUGUUUUUUUU